AUGUUUGAUUUGAUUUCCUUUUCGUGGCAGCUCUCAAGAGCUCUUGUUCAUUUGAAACAAUGCAACUAUACACAUCGCGAUAUUGCUCUUCGCAAUUUACUUGUUUGCAAUGCCCAUAUUAUUAAAUUAACAGAUUUUGAAAUGGCUCGAAAAGGAGAAACGAAAGUAGGAAAAAAAAUUCCAGUAAUGUCUUACGCUCCCGAAACAUUUGCUGGGUUUUAUGGCUUCCAUUCUGAAGUCUGGUCUUUUGGAAUCACAGUAUGGGAGAUUUUGUCGUUUGGGCAACAUCCGUCUAUAACGACUCCAAAAGUAUCAAUUCCAUUAAUUGGAGUAAUUGUUCUGGUAAUCGCUAGUGCACUUGUGGCAGUUUUUUAUUUGAGAAAUCCCACAAUUACGGAUGGAUUUUUCCCUGGUGAUAUUGGUGAAGAGCCGUCCAACAUUUUGACACAAUCAGGAGGAGAUCAUUCUCUAUUCCUAACAACAUUAUCGACGGUACAUGUCCCAACUACCACAACAUCUAAUUCCGUUACAGAAGCUCCUACAACUCAUGCCUUCGCUGUUUAUCCAAUCGCCGACAAUGCAACUCCGGUACAUCCAAUUGAACCCGUUAAACAUAUCUAA